UUCUCCCCUCACCCUCCGGCAGCCGCCGCCACCACCAUCACCGCCGCGAUGGAGGGGGAUUAAUUUUAUCAUCAUCACCAUCACAAUAUCCUCUCUCUUCACUCUCACACACUCCCAAUCCGUUCAGAAAAUGGCAAGUCACAGUCAGCAAUGUUCGAUCGAAAGGCGCGGCUUCCGACAGGAGCUCGACUCUUGGAGACAUAAACUUAUUCACUGUGUAGGGUUUGAAAGCAUUUUGGAAGGGCUGUUUGGACGUAAACUUCUAAAAGAUAUCAGCCUGUUUGAAGAAGAUAAUGAAUCUUUGAAAUGCGCUUCCCGAGGGUGUUGCAGAAGCUCAAUCAUCGAACGUUUGUCAAUUGAAAUCAAUAGUUUGAGAGACUAUGAAAUGACAUCAAGGGAUGUGGAAGUAGUGCGGGAGCAUGACAUUAAGGAAAAUUUAGUCUCUCUUGAUCAACCAAAAUUAAAAGUUGGAGAAAGGACAUUCUCAAGGCAGGAAGAGACCAAAAUUAAUCAUUUUGAAAAACAAGCAGAGGAAUUUCUCAAUGCUGUCUUUCGAAGAAAAGACAGCCCACGGGUUGUGGAUUCCAAUAUUCCUUUAGUGGCUCGUGAGAUUAUGCAUCAAAUGAUCAGGCAGUUUGCUGCUGAAUAUACCUCAAAAACAAGCACUUCUCAGGACUCUAUAGUACUCACCAGCACUAAGGACCAAAGUGCAUCUAAAACACCUGUGCUCGGUGCCAGUGCUCUAAAUCCUGUUUUAAGCAAGCUUCUUAUGGCUGACCAAGAUAGACCUUUGGAUCUAACUAUCAAAAAGUCUAAUCUUGAAUCGGACAAUCAAGAUGGAGUGCUUGAUCUGUCUACUAAGAAAAAUACUUCUGCCCGCAGUGUUUCCACAGACAAGACCCUGGGUUGUUCUACAUCUACUGUUCUAGCUAAAGGGCGUCCUGUGAGAGCUGGCCAACAGCAAUUGGACGGCGAAUCGCAAAGUCUUGAAGGGGCACUUCCAAAGUCACUAAGAAGCAUCCAGACUGUGACACAGGGAGAUUAUGGAUCUUCUGUUAUUCUCAAAAUCCCAGCCACUCGAUCAUCCCAGAAGAAUGAGGAACCAGUAAGCAGGAGUGAGCCAUCUCCUCUACCCAAUCUUGGACCAACAUCUCAGCACCGUGGACAGCACUUAGUACUCGCCAGAGAGGCCCCCUGGGCCAAACCACAUUAUGAAUUUAAUUUGGAACAUGUAAAAUUCAGGGGAAAUGAUAUAUCUUCAGAUACCGAGGAACCUCCUUUACAUCAGGUUAUGUUUCAGAGGGGAUCAGUUCAAACAAAACACGGGAAAAAAGACCAAGGCCAUUCCACUUCAGUGGAUUUGAAGAUUCCACAGGUUCGGGGAAUGGAUCUCUCUUGUGAAACCAAUGUCACAAAUCAUUAUAACUGUAGCCCAUUGCUCAUGAAUUCACAGAUUGAAAGUGCACUGCACAGAAAACUCAGAGUGAUCCUUCCAAAACAGAACUUGUGGCACAGGAAAGGGGUAAUGAGCUUGGCUGAUGAAGGUCAUGAUUCUUGGGGCUCAGAUGCAGAGCAGCCAACCUCUAGUAAGCAACAGGCCACAUCUGACCAAGAAGGCGACUUGAAGCAACCCAGAAAGAAGCGAGGACGCUACCGACAGUACAACAGUGAAAUCCUAGAAGAAGCUAUCACUGUGGUAAUGAAUGGCAAAAUGAGUGUCUCGAAAGCCCAGAGUACCUAUGGAAUCCCUCACAGUACCCUGGAGUACAAAGUGAAAGAGAGGCUGGGUACUUUGAAAAACCCGCCAAAGAAAAAGCUGAAACUCCUCACUCCAGAACCCCAGGAAUUAGAUGAUGAGCUGGAACACAGUCCUAGUAAUUCAAAGGUUGAGUAGGGUUUUUGUUGGUGCUAGUAUUUUUUGAUAUCUGGGUGAGCACUAGCAUAGCACACCAACAGUUUGAAAUGACACAAUGCUGGCGCAGGGUGGAGGUAGGUUGGGAACAAAAGAAAGAAAUCUCUGUUACUGAAAAUUCCAAUUAAUAUUUGUUUACAACCAGCCAACAUUACAGUAAUACCAAAACAAACCAAAGUUCUGAGUAUCUUGAAAAUACAAAAAAACCCAGAAAAUUCUGGAAAUACAAAGUUCUAAUAGAAAGUCAGUAACCUGAAACAUUAACUCCUGUUCUUUCCACAUGUGAUACAUUACCUGCUAAGUGUUUCAAGCAUUUUCUAUACCCCUUGAUAGUAAUACUAUUCUGGUCCAGCCACAAAGCCUGGGAGAAAUCUCUGAAUCUUUGUUUUUGUAGUAGCAAAGGAGUUUGUACUGAACGAGUGUAAGUUUCUGAAGCAUUGUAAGUUAGCAGUACCAAACUGAAUAGCACUUACGGCAGGAACAGCAAUCAACAUUUUACAUAGCUUUCUAUAAAAGAGAAUUGAUAAAUUGAACAUUGGUAACCUAAGUUUCAGACCAGACAUUGUUUAUGCCAUUAGUAUUUAAUACUAUGCAGCAGUUUUAA